AUGCAGGAGGUGUCUAUAAAGGCGAGAGCCGUGUUUGAACAUCAAAUCGUCAUAACCAGACCUGGCCAGGAACUAUAUUGGAACUUCAAAACGGUCAAACACAAUGUCAGCUUUGGUCUAUUUCUAAAACGAGGAUCAACUACCGAUCUUGGAAAACUGACUUUGGUUAGUGGAGAUCAACACGAUAUUGGCAAGAGCUACCAAGUUGGUGGUAGUGGCAGUAGCAAUGAUCAUAAUAAUACUGCUGCUGCUGCUAGUAUCACACCGUCUUCCAUCCUCACCGACUCGUCUACAAGCCUGCACCGACAACCACAGGCAGCUGUGGCACAUUCCUCAUACCAACAACACAAUAAUUCACCACCUCCAUCACCAUCCCGAUUCAAACCACUAGCAAAAUCACAUUCAUUUAGUGCUGGUUCAGCUGAGUCACCUGCUAGACCACGCACCCCUAAACGCCAAAACUCCAAAGUCAUGAACCCUGAAAUGAUGGAGUUGAUUGCUGUAAGACUGGUCGAGUCGGGGCGUCAUACGAUUAGAGGAUCUUAUCUCGUUACAGAGCCGGGCACUUAUAUCUUGCUGUUUGAUAACUCGUUUAGUAUAAACACGAGUAAAAAGUUAUUGUUCUUUGUCGCUUUACGGGAUGCUGUAUUGCCCAUUCGUGUCGCCGCUGAUGAGAACUUGGAGGGUUGGCUGUUGAAGAAGGGCAAUAAGAGAUUACAAGGGUAUUCCAGACGCUGGGUGAGAAUACAAUCAGAUGGCAUGUUGUCGUAUUCGAAAAAGCCAGGCUCUCUAAAUCAUGGAACUGUAGAUUUGGCGAGAUGUGCUGUUAGAUUAGAUCAUGAUCACCUACUCAUUGAUAUCGACUCUGGAAGCAGUCUAUACCACUUCAAAAGCUUAUCCCAAGAUGAAUUUUCAACAUGGGUUGCUGCCAUUCAGAAAUGCCUUCCUCAAAAGCAUCCUAGUAAUCUUGGAGGUCUCAGUGGUGGAGCUGCUGGAGGUAGCGAUACUCGUGGUCUCGGAUUGGCAAGUAACGAAUCAUUAUAUCAGGCCAAUGGAAUAGGUGGUUCUUCUACGCCUCCUGAAGAAACCAAUAUCGAAGGCUGGAAACGACGAAUGGACGCCACGCUGGAAGAAAUCACUGUAAACAUGAAGGCUGUGGAGCUCCUCUUGAUGUCUGACAAGGGAGCUAAACAUCAAGAUGCAGCAAAUACUUUGACUUCUACACUCAAGGCGACAGAAGAAUCGAUUGUGUCUCUCAAACGAGAUGCUGCAGCUGUAGUUACUCAAUAUCAGUGUAGCAAGACUCGUAUUGUCCAACUUGAAUCGGCGUUACAGGCAGCACUUAGAGAUAAUAACGAAUUGCGAGACAAUCUCGGCAUACCCCCCAUGUCUCCCACCCUAUCGCCCGUACAACGAGCCACGGAUGGUGAUGAUGAACGUACCGACUUAUUGGGAGAACCAGCACCAUCUAUACGAGAAGACGUGUUCUUUGAUGCUGAAGACCAAGCAGGCAUUACAGGUGCUGCUUCCGAAUCGGAUGAAGAUGAAUUAUAUGAAGUGCUGGAUGACGAUGACGAGGACGAGUCAGAGGAGGAGCAAGAAAAGCAAAGGCCUGACGGGUCUGUUCAAGGUGGCCUAGAUGCAAAAAAUCUUGGUCUUUGGGGUAGCGAUGCUAGUAUGGUACAAAGGAGGAGAGUCUUACCUGCUCCACCAGUAUCGCUACAGAAUCUAUCAGUGUUUGGGAUUUUGAAGAAUAAUGUUGGCAAGGAUCUGUCGACUAUAUCCAUGCCAGUAGCAUUCAACGAACCGAUAAAUCUCUUACAGCACCUCGCCGAAGAGCUCGAAUACUGUGAGCUACUGGACCGUGCAUCAUCAACACCAAACCCAGUCGACCGUCUAGUCCUCAUAACAGCAUUUGCGAUAUCCUCAGUAGCAUACUCGGCAAACAAGGCGCGUCGAAAACCAUUCAACCCUCUACUCGGUGAGACAUAUGAAUGCGUUCGACCUGAUAAAGGAUUUAGAUUCAUAAGUGAAAAGGUGUCUCAUCAUCCUGCUAUAAUGGCUUGCCAUGCCGAGUCGCCCAAGUAUGAGUUUACUCAGGACUCGUUAGUCAAGACUAAAUUUUGGGGCAAGAGUGUUGAGUUGGUUACCACAGGUGCUAUUUCAUUGUUGCUGAAGGAAUUUGGCGAGAGGUAUUCCUGGGGCAAGCCUAAUUCCUGCAUCAGGAACGUGUUUUCGACGACGGGGAGGUAUACUGAACAUUAUGGUAGUAUAACUGUUACAAACCAUAAGACAGGUCAUUAUGUGGACCUCAAAUUCAAAGAAGCAUCCAUGUUUGGGGCAGGGCAGAAUGAGAUUAGUGGUACCGUUUAUGAUGCAUCUGGUCGUGUUGUUACUUGUAUUGGAGGACGAUGGGAUGAAAACCUAUACAAGUUUGACCCAUCAUCACCAAACGUGGUGGAAAUAGUAUGGAGACUGAAUCCAUUCCCACAUGAUUCGGCAAAUAAUUAUGGAUUUACACAGUUUGCUAUUGAAUUGAAUGAACUGACGCCAGACCUCAAAGGUGUCAUACCACACACCGAUACACGUUACCGUCCUGACCAACUGCUAUACGAGGCCGGACGAGCCGAAGAAGCUGAUAAAGAAAAGGAGAGACUGGAACAGAAGCAACGAGAGUGGAGGAAGCUGUCCACUACAGAUGCUAAUGGAAGUCAUGUAUAUAAACCGGAAUGGUUUGAUGCUGUGGAAGAUGAGGAGACGGGAGAGACUGUGUACAAGUUUAAUGGACGGUAUUGGCAGGAGAGGGGACAGUUUAGGAAGAUUCGAGAGUUGUGGUGA